GAACCAAACGCCACCGCCAGCUCGCCAGGCCCGCACCGGUCGCGCCGCCCCCUCGCGGAGUGAUCAUUUCGCCGGGAGUUCGCUCGCCUUCCUGUCCGUGGUGCAAGUUGGUCUGAGGAUCAGUUUCUUUACGAGGAUCUUGUCGUCCAAGUAUAUAUUGCCGUAGCUGCCGCCGGUCGCUGGGCUUUCGGUUGCGCGCAUCUUCGCAUCGGCACGCUCCGGCAUCGUGGUCGUCUCGGGCAUGGAUGCGUCGAGCGCGAGCGGCGGCGGUGGCACGGAGGGCGGUCGUGGGGGCAGGAGGUGGAAGGGCAAAGGCGUCACGCCCAUACAGCCGCGGCGGCAGCUGGCGCCGGUCAUGGAGGACGCGUCGGCGGCGUCGCUGCGCCCGCUCAAGAAGAUCGGGCGCGGGCCGGACCGCUUCCAGCGCUCCGCGUCGGCGCUGUCGACGUCCUCGUCGGCCCCGCCGUCCCCUCGCUCCAGCGCCGCCUCGGCGGCGGCGGCGGCGUCGCCGCCCUCCGCGCGGCGUAUCUUCCCGUUGGCGUACGAGACCUCGGCGCUGGCGGGUGGGGCGGCCCCGCCGCUGCAGCUCCCGCCGUGGCAGCACUCCAGCGCGUCGCAGCCGCAGCAGGCGCCUGCGCAGAGUCAGCAGAUGAUAUCGUUCGGCGCGCCGCCUCAGUACCAGGCGCAGCUCUUGUUGCCGGAGGGCUCCCCGCAGCAGCAUCUGCUGCGGUACUGGAGCGAGGCGCUCAACCUGAGCCCGCGCGGCGGCCAGGCCGCGGCCGUGCUCCCUUCGCUGUACCAGCACCUGCUGCGGGCUCCGCCGCCCCCGCAGAAGCUGUACCGCGGCGUGCGGCAGCGGCACUGGGGGAAGUGGGUGGCCGAGAUCCGGCUGCCGAGGAACCGCACGCGGCUCUGGCUCGGCACGUUCGACUCCGCCGAGGACGCCGCCAUGGCGUACGACCGCGAGGCCUUCAAGCUCCGCGGCGAGAACGCACGGCUCAACUUCCCGGACCGGUUCUUCGGCAAGGGCCACGCCGGGGGGAGCGGCCGCACCAGUGCUAUCUCCGCAGCCGCCCAGACCGCUGGCGCCGGGUCUGUCUCGUCGUCGUCGUCAUCACCUCCACAAACGCCGGACGAGGCAAGCGGACAGCAAACUCCGCCGCCUCACUCAGAAGGAUCGACGGGCAAGCAGCCACAGCCUCCGGUGGACACAUCGUCGUCGCAGCAAGGAGGCAGCCCUGGAGACACUACUAUGCCAGCAGUCUCGGCUGAAAUGAUGAUCCACGCGCCGGUGGCUCACGGCGGCGAGUGGGGUCCGGCUGACGAGGCUUGGUUCAACGCGUGGGGCCCGGGCAGCUCCUUCUGGGACUACGACAUGGACAGCAACAGCACACCAGGCCUCUUUCUCCAUGGUCGCUUCGCCGGCGAUGAGGCCGGCAUGGAGCACUCCAGCGCACAAGGAACCAUAGCAACGGCAGCGGCGGCCACCGGGACGGACAUGUCAUGCGAUAACGUCCCGGUAACACCUGCUUCUUCUUCUUCCCCUCUUCACUCACAGCCUCCUCAUUCUCCUUCCUUCAUGGACUAAGCAGCACACCCUGAUAUAUUGCUGAUCCCAUUGUUUCUUCUGCACCCCGCGAUUGCCUGCAGAAAUAGCACUAGCUAGGAUAGAGAUGCACGCAGGUUCAGUUUUUAAGACAACUUGCGGCAUCACACAGAUUCAUUUCACAGCAGCACUGAAGAACCAUUCGGCCAUGCAUUUCUUCAUCAAAUCCAUCAGGAAACCAUGCUCUAGGCUGCAAUUUUUAGGCCAGCUACUAGGGCAACCAGUAAAUUUCUCUCUCCCAUGUUGUGCAACGGCAUGCGUCCUACAGAUGACUCCUGUGUAUUUUAGAUAUUUGUUAGACUCUCCAAAGCGUUCUUCAGUUUGUUUGCAACAUUAUGUCACUGCUUCAUGUGGGAUGGCUCCGGUCACUGGUUCAGCUAUGGAUUUCUAGUGUUAGGAAAAUGGGUUUAGCAGCUUUUUUAUGUAUGUUGUGCUCUGAUUUAUUUUCAUGUACCUUGUUACAAAGUUUGGAGUUUUCAAUCAUGCAUUUCUUGAAAUGUCAGGCAUUACCGUAUUGAUC